ACUACAUAACCGCCUCUUGUGAAACCGAAAGUUACAUUUUCUCUGCAAACACUAGAAUAUUUAUAUAUAUAACAAACUAUAAAUCCAAUUUACAAUACAUAUAAAAGGCAAAGGAAGCGUGAGGUGAUAUAUGAGAGAGAGAGAGAAUGAACUCGGCAGCACAUCCGUGGUUACCCUGGAGAGGAAGUUGUGUCCCCGAGGCUUCCCGAUGUUUGCCGUAUCUGUGACGGUGUGGUGUUGGCGCCCCCAGGAGAAACUACUGCCUAGUAGUGAUGUGACCCUUGACCACCAGCUGCCAUGGAGGAUUACUUUUACUUGGAAGAAGCAGGAUACCCUAGUGCAGCAUACAGGGGAACUAAAGCAGCGUACGACGACAUCUUACCCAGCUCCAGACAAGAAGUCAGCACCCAUGGAGAUGGGACAACACAAGAGGACAGCGGCAGGUAUGAGCUAACCAUUCUCGACUCUCAGUGCGUCUAUGAUGUAGCACAAUAUCCGAGUUAUCACCCUGGAGGGGAGAGUACCACUGCUUUUUCAGACACACCAGUUUAUCCACACCGGUAUAACCAAAGCAGUGAUUUCAAUGCGACAAUAGCUAAAGUUCCAAAUCCUCUUCCCCCUGUAGAUCUGAAUUUGGACCCCAGUCAAGAUUCGUCCCACAAUGCAAUUCCUGAUAAGGGAAAGAUGCCCCCCCACAGGACUUACGUGAUGCGACCACAACGACGGAGACGACACCGGCUGCCUGGAAAAGAAGUCGUCAGAACGCGAAGAGUUGCGGCUAACGCUCGGGAACGUCGUAGGAUGCACGGACUAAACGACGCCUUCGACCGUCUUCGUGAGGUGAUUCCGUGUCUGGGCAACGACAGGAAGCUUUCAAAAUUUGAGACGCUGCAGAUGGCCCAGACGUACAUCGCUGCCCUACAGGAGCUGCUCAAGUCAUCAGGGGCUUCAGUGUGAAGAUAUCGCAAACAUAAUGGGGAUUAAUGAUACGUUUAUUAUUUUACUCGAUAAAUAUAAAAUGUGCAUUUUAUUUGCAUAUUUAAGAGGUGUGAAUCAUUUUAUUAAGAAAAACUGAAGAUUAAAUUCCGUUGUUAGUAAGUAUAGAUAAUUACGGGUUCUAUUUAGUGAGGACAUCAACUUGGAUAACUGUAGCUAUGAAAAA